UCAGGAGUUAUCCAGCGCUGCACAGCUGUCAAGUACCACUAUACCUCUUCUUCCCUGCCCCGCAACUUGCCCAUCAACAUCACCAACACCAUCCGGCAGGACGAAUGGCAUGCACUCCAUCUGCGGAGGAUGACAGCUGGUUUCAUUGGCAUGGCAGUCUCUAUCAUUCUGUUUGGAUGGAUCAUUGGUGUGCUAGGCUGCUGUAAACAGCACGAGCUCAUGCAGUAUGUGGCAGGGCUGCUCUUCCUCAUGGGAGGUACGUGCUGUAUCAUCUCACUCUGCACUUGCGUGGCUGGGAUCAAUUUUGAAUUGUCUCGCUAUCCUCGCUUUGUAUAUGGGCUGCCAGAGGACAUCAGCCAUGGCUAUGGCUGGUCCAUGUUCUGUGCCUGGGGUGGCCUAGGACUUACUCUCCUGGCUGGAUUCUUCUGCACAUUAGCUCCAUCACUCACGCCUUCUCAUGCAUCCGUACAGAAACCCAGACAGGAAAAUGGGGCUGUGUGACCACAGGAGAUGAGAAAAGAGACUCUCAGAAGCACAGCCUAGGCAAAGCUGAGGGUUAACACCAGUGUGGAGAUGGUGGUGGUGAAACAGCUCUGGAACAAAGGAAGCACAAAGCCUUGGCAUAAGCCUGCCUUGUGGUUCUACUACAGAACUUCUGUGUUGGACACUGGUGCUACAAAGAACCCAGGUUGUAAAUUCUUGUUGAAUUGCUCCUUGGUGUUGUAAGGGGAACAAUUUUGCUUUUAUACAUGAGGGAUUAAUCCCAAAGGUUUUCCAAGUCCUGUUUGCACCCCCUUUGUCCUGUUCGUGUUUAGUUGUAAGGGAUGUUGUCCCUUGGUGCAUUGCUCCAGGUCUGUGUAAUACUGACCAAAUCUGUGGACAGCUAGGACAAAAUAUGUGGCUGACCUGUCUGCAGCUAAACAUCCUUGACUCAGGUCUUCACUUCCCCAAGAAACUUUGCAGUCUAGGUAGAAUAAAUAAUCCAUCCUGCACUGAUUCAUCUACAG